AUGUCAUACGUUCCACCACAUAAACGACAUGAAAAUGUUGGAAUCAGAGCAUCCUCUGUUCCACCUUCUCUUCCCACAAAACUCAAGAAAAACCCUAGGAAUGUUAAUACAAAGAUAAUCUACGCAAACGAUUGCAUCUCCAGAUGGUUUCUGGUUGGUUCAGAGGAGAACAACAACUUUCAACUUGUCCCCGUUUCUUCAGAAUGGAGGAGAGAUGCAGAAGAAAAACCGUUGGUUAUCUUAGCGAAGAGCGAUCUCGGGAAACUGGAAAAUCCAUGGCUAUGGGUAACAGAGAAGUUGGAGGAUGAUCUUAUUAUAGGAUUUGGUAGGGCAAAGAAGACGCUUCUACGUUUUGGAUCAGAGCAUGUCAAUCUCAGAUUGAUUGCUCGACUUGGGAAAGUUGUCUUCAAUAGAGAUGGUCAGUUAACUAAAAGCAGAUUGGAGAAACUAAAGAAAUCAUUCUAUACAAAUGUCCCAAAGUCUUAUGCCGAAAACAUUAGGUAUGGAGUUGUAUCCAAGAUGGGAUUUUGUGUAGAAGAGACCAAGGAGUUGUAUCACGUGAAGGUAUCAGACAACACGCGUCCUGAUAUAACCAUCUCGUGUAAGUGUAUGGCUGAGCUUAAUGCUUUGAGGCACUUAAUUCUCGAUGUAUCAUGCCUUGAUCAAGAUCUUGACAUGAGGCUAUCGGUUGAUUCAAAAAGAACAUUAACCAAUCUCUCAGAGAAUGAGAUUAAAAAUCUUAAAGAACUGACAGAUUCAGCUGUGAUAGAUCCAAAUGUGAAAGGUGGAUUAAAAUGGCCACUUGGGAAAUCUUCAUGUGGGGAUAGAUUUAGUGUUUGUGGCGUUUGGCAUAACGUAACGACUACAUACAUAAACCCGACUUUGAGGCUUCAAGUCCGAGAGGCUGAUCGAUAUGAUUUUAGAACUGGAAUUGGAGGAACCUCAAGGGAAGUUUAUCUCAAACUAAAAGCCUUAAGCAAACUACUAAAGGAGGAAAAUAUGGAGAGGAAAUGUGUUUCAGACAUGCUAAAAGAUUGUCUGAAAGAAGUGUGGGAUCACUUUUUGAAGGCACAAGUGUAG